AUGGAGAGCCAAAAAUCAUUCGUUUUAGGGGAUGGAGAAGGAUUAUUUCAGGUUGCAGAAUUCUAUCAUUUAGGCUUUUAUGUUAUGAAAAAUAGAAAAAAAGAAUUUGAAUAUUUCCUAAAGUCAGUAGAAACCAAUUAUGAUAUGGGAAUAUGGAAGACAACUCUAUGUUAUCAUUUUGGAUACGGCAUAAACAUAAAUUAUGAUUAA